AUGCUGUUGCUGUUAGAGAGGGAGCAUCCCGCCGUUCAUGCUGCUGUUGAGCGCAUCUUGAGGGGCGAUAGCAAAAUACCCGUAAGUGUUGUGCGAGACUUCGAUGGCUGCGAGUAUCACAUCCGCGUGGAGUGGGACAAGGAAGAGAAAGAGAUGUCACAGACGAGUGGUGUGGAUUCAAAAGAUACCGGAAGUGGCGAGGUCGGGACAGUAAAUGUUGGUGGCACUGCCUCUGUAACAGUUUCGCUUCGGAGCUUCACUCCAUUCGCUGAGUUGAACACCCAUGGGAACUUUUAUGAGGUACUGACAACACUCUUCCCGUCGGAGUUGCAGAAAUUUGUUGUGUGUGACACACAUAAGGGAGAUGGUGAAGAUUUCACAGUUGCGGUGCACAUUCCCUCCAACGUGCCUGCGAAGAUGCUGAAGGAGGCAAUGCAUUCGACCGCCCAGCUACGGGCGUGGAGCUUCGUACCCGCAUUUGCCCGGCAAUUUGAGUUGUUUUUAACGAACCCCGAAGUAGUUCAACCACUGCAGCUGCAUUACCACGAUGGUGAGGAAAUGGUGGUGUACAAUAAUAGGGGAAGUUUCAUUGUUGCUAUCGCAUUGCGUGUCCCGUCUAAGGACGAUGCUGUGUUGACACGUCACUUUCUGCAGGCAAUGGUGGAGGUGAGGAAGCAUGAACGUAGCUUUUGUGGUUCGUCUGCAUUUAUAUUUGAACAAGGUGGCCCUCCGGAUUCUGUCGUUGCUGUGACCGGUCCUCGGGGUCGUGUGCGCGAUCCGAACACAUUUUGGUGUAGCUUCCAGUUGUAUAAGCAGCAGAUGGAACCCCCGCCGCGUCUCGUUGAGACUGUUAUGCACCUAGUAAACUUCCGCACUACGCUAGCCUAUCAUAUCCGUGCCGGGAGGACGUACAUGCACGGCAUUAUGCGGAAACGUGUGGAGUCGAGCCUUCAGUGGUUGAAUAAAGCUAAGGCUAGGGUGGCUGAAGAAACGAAGAUUACAAUAACCUGA